UGAACAGUUUACUAUGUGCAAUGUAUGGGAGCAUUGCAUUAGUUACUUGUAUUAUUUGUGUAUUGUUUUCAAACAGUGGUCUAACGUCAAGAGAUAUAUUCCUACACCGAAGAAGGCAAACGUCAUCAAAUAAUCUACUUGGGACACCACCUCACGGUCGGGUUCGUCCAUGCAGGAAGAAUAGGGAAUGUUUCUACGGUGCUGAGUGCGAUGAACGAGGGAGAUGCGUAUGCAAACACCAAUGUAACCGGCAAUCUAACUUUCCCGUGUGUGGAAACAACCGCAAAACUUACAAGAACGCCUGUGACCUUAGAAGAGCUGCAUGCAUGCGACAACGGAACAUCGUUCGUGCUUGUUUCGGGGAUUGCUCAUGCUUGAAAUCAUUCCGUGUUCGUACAAAGCGUUUACAAACUGGAGUAGAGGGCGGGCAAGUUACAUUGUUUUGUUAUUACCCACGACCGAGUUACAACUUUGCAAUUUAUAAGAAACGUGUGCAUUGGUAUAAAGUAUUGGGACGGGGUCAAAAAGAAAGAGUGCUAAAAGAAGAAUGGAUUAUCAAAGAAAGCUUUGCACACUACAAAGGACGAACCUCAGUUUCCCCAAUCAACGGAAACGCUUCGUUAACGAUUUCCAACCUCACUUUAUCAGACAGAGGGAAAUAUGAAUGCCAAGUGAGAGUUGGGGUUCAAAAGAACAAGGAUUACGUCAUUCUGCUUGUGCAACCAAACCGUAGAAGACCGGGAAGUGGGAUUCACCCAACACCUUCUACAAGACUCACAAAACCUCAUGCAAAAUUUCAAGUAACCACAAGAGAAGUCCAAACUGCUGUGAGAGGAAAACAAGUUGUUUUGUUUUGUAGCUUCCCAGUGAAAAGAAGCAAAAUACGAGUUUUUACUCAACAAGUUAACUGGUAUAAACAAGAAAGGGGAAACCUCGUUCCAGUUUACAGAUCAGACUGGAUAACUACACGAGCACAUGGUUCUUAUAGGUAAAAUUUAUUUAUUUAUUCCCAUAUAACUUUUCCACUAUGAAGAAUAAGACUUAUGUGAUUUGUUCCCAGCUAUGUAUUGGGCAUAAAAACUAAUCUUCUUUAAUUUAAAAUAAAUGUAUGCUUUAUGUAAAGCUAAUGUUCAAAGCAGUAUUGUGAGCAUAGUAUUUUGCUGCCAUUAUAAUAUUUCAUCUACGAGUUAAUCUCCUGACAAAAAAACAUAGAUGUGUUUGAAAACUAAUUUUAACACACAUGCCAGCACA